AUGCCUAUUGAUAAUGGUAAACCUACAUUGUCUGGAGUACUAUUAGUUUUUUACGACUUGGAAAGUACUCAAGAAACACUUAUGCCGGACGGCUCAUUUCUACAUAUACCUAAUUUGUGUGUGUACCAACAACAUUGUGAGUACUGUAUAGAUACUGAUAUAAGAAUAUGUAUUUGUGGUAUUAGACAGCAAGUUUUAAAAAUUGACCCAGUGUCACGAUUUAUGGAGUAUAUAAUGAACCAGAGACAACAGUUUAAAAAAAUAUUCGUGAUUGGGCACGCUGGUGGACUCUACGAUAACCAGUUUAUGCUUAGUUAUAUUCUAACUUCUACUGACCUUAAACCAGAACUUAUUACCCGAGGAACAAAAUUACUUUUAAUGAGUGUGGGAAAUGUUAAGUUUAUUGACUCUCUUAACUAUUUUCCAAUGCCUUUGUCAAAAUUACCUAAAGCUUUUGGGCUCAAAGAUGUAAAAAAGGGUUAUUUUCCCCAUUUAUUUAAUAAAAAAGAAAACUGGAAUUAUAUAGGUCCUUUACCAGCUCUGGAAUAUUAUGAUCCUGAUAAUUUAAAGUACACUCCCACCCUCGAUGAAAAUACUGAUAGUAGACAACAGCUUGUGGAUUGGCAUAAAGAAAAUAAAAAUUACGUCUUUGAUUUCCAAAAGGAAAUCAUAGCAUACUGUAUAUCUGACGUAGAUAUUUUAAGCCGUGCAUGUUUAAAAUUCAGAGAAAUGAUUAUUAAAGAGGGACGAGUAGACCCUUUUACUGAAGCUAUUACACUUCCAGGGGCGUGUAAUAAAAUAUUCCGUAGGAAUUUUCUAAAACCCAAUAUGAUCGGACUUGUGCCUAAAAAUGGCUAUAGAUACCGAGACAAACAGUCUAAAAUUGCCGUACAAUGGUUAAUUUGGGAAGGUCAUCAAAGAGGUAUUAACAUUAUUCAUGCAGCAAAUGGAACAGAAGCUGUGCUAGCUGGAGUGAAAGUAGAUGGUUUUUGUAAAGAAACUAAUCAGAUUUUUGAAUUUCAUGGAUGUUAUUUUCAUGGCUGUAUUAAGUGUAUAAAAUACAAACGGGAUGAACCGUUGCAUGAAGACCCAACCUCUACCAUAGAGGCGCGGUAUGAGUCAACUUUAAUGAAAACUCAAAGAUUACUCUCUUUAGGCUACGAAGUAAUAGAAAAAUGGGAAUGUGAUUUUACAAUAACUGAAGAAAUUCUUACAUUUACUGAAAAUCACCCUCUUAUUUCUUUUUUACCUUUAGAACCUCGUGACGCAUUCUAUGGUGGUAGAACUGACGCAACGAAAUUGUAUCACAAAUGUGCAAAAGAAGAGAAAAUAAAAUACGUAGAUGUAUGUUCUCUUUAUCCUUGGGUGAACAAGUAUGGAAAAUAUCCUAUUGGACAUCCACAGGUAUUUGUUGGAGACAAGUGCAAAACACUAGAUUUAUACAAAACUGACGGAUUAAUUAAAUGUAAAAUUUUACCACCGCAGAACCUUUAUCACGCAGUAUUACCUAUUAAAUCAAACAAUAAACUUAUGUUUUCACUUUGUCGGACAUGUUGUGAAAAUAUGUCAAAUGAAUGUGUUCAUAAUCACGAAGAAAGGGUUAUCUCAGGUACUUGGGUGAUAGAUGAAGUUUUAAAAGCUUUAGAAAAAGGCUAUAAAAUGAUUGAAAUAUACGAAAUUUGGAAGUAUGAAACUGUCCAGUACGAUCCUAAUACUAAAACAGGUGGUCUAUUUUCAGAAUAUAUUUCCAAUUUUUUAAAAAUUAAACAACAGGCCUCGGGGUGGCCUGUGGAUUGUAAGUCUAUUGUGGAGAAAGAAAAAUAUAUCACAGAGUAUUUUGACAAGGAAGGAGUUUCUUUAUGUGCUGAUGAAAUUGAAUAUAACCCAGGUCGUAGACAGAUAGGAAAAAGUGUCAUCACAAGUUUCUGGGGAAAAUUAGGACAAAAAGACAAUCAAGAUAAAACCUCAAUAGUCUCAGAUACUGCUGAAUUUUUCGAUAUUUUAUCGAAACCGUUUAUUGAAGUAAAUAGUGUCUUUCCAGUAAAUGAAAAAACUUUAUUAGUUAAUUGGGUGUUUAAAAAUGAGGCAUAUGAUGUUCUCCCCACAGUCAAUGUUGUUUUGGCAGCAUAUACAACGGCUUUAGCGAGGUUGAAGUUGUAUAGUUUCUUGGAAAAGUUAGAUAAAAAAGUUCUUUACCACGAUACAGAUUCCGUCAUAUAUGUUUCUCGACCUGGAGAAUAUGAAGUACCUUUAGGUAGUUUUCUGGGUGAAAUGACCGACGAAUUGGCUGAAUAUGGAGAGGGUAGCUAUAUUACAGACUUUGUCUCUGGUGGCCCAAAAUUAUACGCGUACCGUGUCUAUUCUACAGCAAAAAAUAAAACGCUGGACCUAAUAAAAGUAAAAGGAAUCACCUUAAAUUAUAAUACGAGCGAACUAGUAAACUUUGAAAAACUAAGAGACAUGGUACUUAAUGAAGCCCCUAACGAAUAUAUUUCAACUAAAAAUAUCUUAAGAAAUACUGAUCAUACUGUUGUUACCAAAGAAGUAACAAAGGUCUUUCGUACUAAUUUUACCAAACGAAAACGUAUUGAUAAUUACGAUUCUGUACCUUACGGUUAUAAAAAACAAAAAUUUGAAUCAUUUGCUAAAUAAUUAAAAACUAAAUCUUUUUAAAGUCAUUUUCUUCCUUCGAUUCCUAUCCUUAAGGUCAAAAAGUAAGUAGUUAUGUAAACUAUAGAGAGAUUUUAAAGAGGCAAUAGUUGAAAAAACAAUAAAAAAUACAAAUAUAAAAACAAAAAAACAAAAAAAUAUCAAAAGACCCAUAUAAAAAGGACCCAUGUUUAACUUAACUGAAAAAAGGCAAAUAUAAAAAAUAUUAAUAAAAACAAUAUAAAAGAGGCAAAAUAACAAUAUUAAAAUGUAAGAGACAAUUUAUCGUGACAGAACGUAAAGUUAUUGUUGUCAAAUAAAACCUAUAGAAAUAUUUUUUUAGUUUACAAAACUAUGUUAUUAUGACUGUCCCUAUCUUUCCUGGC